CCAUCUGCCGUUACAGUAGGUUCAUUCAAAUACUCACUCCUUUUCCUUGCAAAUCUAUUUCUAUAGGAUUUUUGUAAAGAUGAGUUCUCCUAUACAACCCAUCAAGCAAAAUGCUUCCAUGGUCGUCUUCGGCGCCUCUGGUGAUUUAGCCAAGAAAAAAACUUUCCCUGCUCUCUUUUCCCUUUACAAGGAUGGCCGUCUCCCCUCAGACCUCGUCAUCGUAGGCUAUGCACGCUCCAACAUUGAACCUAAUGACUUUAUUGAACGUAUCACCCAGUUCAUCAAGAUCGACGAUAAUGACUCGGAAACCAAGAAAAAGUUGGAAGACUUCAAGACAAGAUGCACCUACUACCGUGGUUCCUACGACGGUGUUGACUCUUUCCAAGGUCUCAACAAGCACCUUUUAGAACGCGAAGGCGAUCGCGAGGAGCGCAACCGCGUCUUCUACCUUGCUCUCCCUCCUGACGUCUUCGUCUCCGUCUCUACCCACUUAAAGCAACAAUGCUAUCCCCAAAAAGGUGCUGCCCGUCUCAUCAUCGAAAAGCCCUUCGGUUUCGACCUCGACUCUGCUCGUGAGCUCCAAUCCAAGUUGGACCCUCUUUUCCACGAGAACGAGAUUUACCGUAUCGAUCACUACCUCGGCAAAGAAAUGGUCCAAAACCUUACUCACCUUCGUUUCUGCAAUCCUAUCAUCUCUCACUUGUGGAACAAGGAAUCUAUUUCCAAUGUUCAAAUCACUUUCAAGGAGCCCAUUGGUACCGAAGGCCGUGGUGGUUACUUCGAUACUAGCACCAUUGUCCGUGACAUCGUACAAAACCAUCUUGUUCAGGUUUUGUCUUUGGUCACCAUGGAGCCUCCUACCUCCCUUGCUGCCGGUGAUUUGCGUGAUGCUAAAGUUCAAGCUUUACGUCGCACUCGCCUUGGUGAGCUUAAAGACGUCGUCUUUGGCCAAUACGUUAAGAGCAAGGAUGGUAAGCAUCCUGGUUACUUGGACGAUGAAACCGUCCCCGAGGGUAGCAGAUGUCCCACCUAUUCAGCCAUUCCUUUCUUCGUCGAUAAUGACCGUUGGGAUGGUGUCCCCUUCCUCUUGAAGGCUGGUAAGGCCAUGAACACCGGUAAGGUCGAAGUCCGUGUUCAGUUCAAGCCUGUUACCAACGGUUUGUUUAAGGAUUCCCAUCGUAACGAAUUGGUCAUUCGUGUCCAACCCAACGAAGCCGUUUACUUUAAGAUGAACAUCAAACAACCCGGUAUCAGCUCCGAGCCUCUCCUCACUGACUUAGAUUUGACCUACAAGAACCGCUUCACCAACAUGAAGUUGCACGAGGCUUACGAAGCUUUGUUCUAUGACGCUUUCGUUGGUGACCAGUCUCGUUUCGCUCGUAUUGAUGAACUUGAAUGUGCUUGGACUUUGGUUGGUCCUCUUUUGGAAUACAUGGAAAAAGAGAAGCCUCAACCCGCUCCUUACGAGUACGGCUCGGAAGGUCCCGAGUGUUUGGGCGAGUUUUUGCAAAAGUUCGGUUACGUCUACGACAAUCCUAAUUACUAUGAAUAUCCCGUGACAAACUUGCCUGAUGACAAGUAAUGUCCUUUAUCAGACUUCGUCUGUAUAUCUUUCGUUUGGUUUUCUAAAUUGCGUCUGAUUUUUUUUUGAACAAAAUUCAACCCCGGUUUGGUCUAUGUUUAUAUAUGUUUUGGUUAUUAUAGAUUUUGUAUACGGACUCUGCGGUUAUCGGUACCCUUUGAGUUAUCUAGAUGUAGUUGGAAAGGCUUGUUUCUUUUUGUUUCAUUCAUUUUUGUCAUGAAAUAUCUAUUGCUAUAAUUUUCAACAAAACAGAUCGUAAACAAAUAAUUGUAGUUACUAAAAGUUCAAAGAGAUCUUGAUAUACUAAAAAGACUGUUAUCGAGGACUGGAGUUGU